AUGAAAAAUAAUGAAAAACUAGAAUGCUGGGAAAGUUUUGUUGAACAAGAGAACAUACUCGAGGAACCAUGGAGAGCAAAAAGAGGCAGCCGUAUAUGUAGUGACCAUUUCCAACUGUCAGACUAUAUCCUUCCUCCUUCAUCAAAUGGAACAUGCCGACUAAAAAACUAUGCCAUACCAUCAAUGUCCAAUUCCACCCAAUGUACACCACCACCAGAUGAGUUGCAAAGCAGACUCGAGCAUUCGAACAAGAGACCACUCCCAGCAACCAAUCAUGAUGAAACGUCGCCACCAGAAAAAGUCCGGAGAACUGCACCUGCAGACGAAAAAAGGGAUGAAUUAGAAAAAAAACUGAGACAAAAAAUACGAAACCUCCAACAACAAUUACGGAGGACAAAACAAAAAGCUAACACCAUGGGUGAAGUCAUUAAGACAUUACAAGAGAAACUGGUGAUUAGUUCAAAGGAAGCAGAAGCCCUUCAUUCUACAUUUGAAAACACACAUCUGGAAUUCCUUUACAAUUUUAAAGAAAAUCUUAAAUCUAAACCAUCCGGCAGAAGGUACUCAGAAGAAAUUAAAGAAUUUGCAUUAACAUUGUAUUUCUACUCACCAAAAGCCUAUAAGUAUGUCCGCUCCAUAAUUCCCUUGCCAAAUCCAUCCUUAAUCAGAAGAUGGUCUUCCUCAUUCAAAUGUGAACCAGGUUUUAUCAAAGAAGCAUUCAAAUCUCUAUCCCAAGAAGUUGCAUGUUCUCCAAUUAAUAAGGACUGCUGCUUGGUUAUCGACGCAAUGUCCAUCCGCAAGCAAACCCUCUGGAAUCCUGAAAAAGACCAGUACUCUGGAUUUGUCGAUUUUGGUGAUGAAAUUCCUGCUGCUGAGUCAGAGAAAAUAGCUUCCGAGGCAUUGGUGUUUCUUUUAGUUGGCACAAGAAGUCACUGGAAGUGUCCCAUUGGGUAUUUCCUGACAGACAAGGCAACCGCCAAAGAUCAAGCUGUGUUGAUAAAAAAAUCCCUGGAAUUGGCUGCAAAAGCUGGUUUGAAGGUCUGGUCAGUAACAGCAGAUGGUACAUCAGUCAAUCUGAGAACAUUUGAAAUUCUUGGUUGCAACUUUGUUGGCACUUACAACAAAAUAAAGUCUUCAUUUAUCCAUCCAACAACGGGGGAAGAAAUUUUUGUCAUACUCGAUCCUUGCCAUAUGCUCAAACUUGCCCGUAAUGCACUGGGAAAACUUCAAUCCUUUGUUGAUGGCGAGGGGAAUAUUAUCAAGUGGAAGCACAUCGAGGAGCUGCAGAAACUUCAAGAGCAUGAAGGACUGAAGCUAGCCAAUAAACUCUCAUCAAACCAUCUAGAAUAUGAAAAACAUAAAAUGAACGUUAGACUAGCGGCACAAACUCUUAGUUCGUCAGUAGCUAAUGCAAUAGAGUUUCUCGACACUUCAGUUAAAAUACCAGAGUUUUGUGACAGUAAAGGUACAGUUAAAUUCAUUCGUGUAAUUGACCAACUAUUUGACAUGUUAAACUCAAGAAAUCCACUGGGUAAAGGGUUCAAGACACCUCUCAAGCUUCAAACGAAAGACACAUGGGAAAAAAUUCUCCUAUCUAUUGCCCAAUAUCUAAUGUCCUUGAAAACCAAUACAACACCACCACAACCACUUUCUACCUGUCAACGCAAAACCUUUGUUAUUGGAUUUGUGGCUUCCAUUAAAUCAACAAUCUCAAUGGCUACCCAAAUGUUUUGUAAACCAGACAACCCUUUCAAGUACUUGCUUACUUACAAAUAUUCGCAAGAUCACAUAGAACUGCUUUUUUCAUGCAUUCGCUCCCGAGGGGGAUGGAACAACAAUCCCAACUGUCUUCAAUUUAAGUAUGCCAUCAGAAAAAUGUUGAUGCGGAAUGCGAUAACUGCAUCAAAAAAUGCCAACUGUGUAGAUUUCACUGGAUGCAACUCAAUCAUACCUUUGUUCCACACCACCAGAAAAAACAAAACUCCAGAUUCAGAAAACACAGAGCAAACCACUGCAUCUGAAAACGAUUCCUUAGACAAUUCGCCAGAGUUGAACUUCAUGUGUGGACAUUUAGAUAAAGAACACAGUGAAUUCACAGCAAAUGUCCUUUUCUACAUCGCAGGGUAUAUUGUCACACAGCUAAUCGAUAAGCUGCCAUGUCCUUCAUGUAAAAUGAGCCUUAUUCCUGCGCCAGACGAAGCCAGUUCAACUUGUCAACAUGGUUGUGCUUCUUCUAGAUAUCAUGAAGCUGGCAAAGCAUCCGCCUUUACACUUUUCGUCAACAAGGGAGGGUUAAAAAUUCCGUCGACAUCGGUCUUUCACACAAUCGAAUAUUGCGAACAUGUGUUCAAGGCAAUGGUCUGCGGAAAAGACGGCAAACAAAUAACCAAGGAAACCAACUUGAAAAAGAAGAUGAUCGUCGAAGUCUGUCGUCACUUCAUGCUCGACACCACAGUCGUUUUGUUCGCGGAUCAUGAAGACGGUAACAAUGAAAUCUUGGUUGAGGAUGAUCACAAGACGAAGCUCAUCAAAUGUACGGCGGACAAGUUCUUCACGCUUCGGCUGUUUACCUUCGGCAAGAAAUACAACAAAGAAAUUGUCAACGGUGGCAAACAAAGCGAUCGCCAUAGGCUCAAUAAACUAAUUUUAUUUAACAAUGAAUGA